AUGAAACAUAGAGAAUGGGAACUUGUUCGCACGUACCUCGACCGCAGGCCGGCGUUCUGGCGGAUCAUCAAGAACAAGGACGUGGAGGAGUUCAAGUCGGACCCGUACCUAGCUACGCUGCUCAACUGCAUGCUCUGGGUGUUCUACGACAUCCUCUGCGUUAUAUUCGGCUCGGCAAUGUACGCCUCCCCGCUCACCAUCAUGGGUAAAGUGAUCAAGACCAAGAGCGUCGAGUACAUGCCCUUCUUCCUGUCGCUGGUGAUCUUCCUCAACGGCGUCUGCUGGACGUCCUACGCUCUCAUCAAAUUCGACCUCUACGUCACGAUCCCCAAUGGCCUCGGUGCGCUGUUCGUCCUCCUCCUCGCCUGCUACUACAGGCCGACCCCAAGAAGGAGAAGAGAGUAA